AUGGCGGCCGGUUUCUUCACGCUCGCGCUCCCUAUCCGCGAUCCAGCCUUUUACAAUCGAGAUCAGUGGUUCACCCUGGUAACAACUCGUCUUGACUCCUCUCCAAAGCAGGUUAUCCGUUCCCUCUGUUCCCCGUCUCUGCCUUCGGAAACGGAUUAUCAAGACUCUAAGUUAGCAACACACUUCAACCCGAAACCUUUGGUUAUUGUCCAGCUGUUCCAGUUCGGGAAGCGAGACCAGCGGCCUGGGGAAGGUGUUGCCGACUAUGUCGCCGAACUGAGUCGGUUGUCCGAACACUGUGCCUUCGGGUCAACGCUUGACGACAUGCUUAGAGACAGGCUUGUCUGUGGACUUCGCGAUGAGUCUCUCCAGCGACGACCGUUAGCUGAGUCCGACUUGACCUUCACCUUGGCUCAGGACAAGGCGAUAGUAGCAGAAUAUGCUCUUCGUGAGACCGAGAAGAUUCGGGGGGCGGUGCUCACCGAUGUUUACUGUCUUCAGAAGGAUGGCGUCGCAGGAGGUGCUAAGCCUAACAGAACGAAGCCGAAACAUGACAGUGCAGGACAGCGAACCAGUGCAUCAACGAAAUGCUUCCGCUGCGGAGGAGUUCACGUACCGGACGACUGUCCGUUUCGACACGCAGUAUGCCAUUACUGCAAACAACGGGGCCACAUCGUGAAAGUUUGCCAGAAGAAAGCUAGGGCGAGACGUUUGCCGACGACGCAAACAUCUUCAAGCGGGAGACCAGACGGCCACCGUCGUGGUCGAGGAGCCGACGUUUACGGCGUUUUCCAAAUAACAGCUGAAGAACCAGCGGUCCGCAUGUCGGUAGAAGUCAAUGGACAGCCUCUUGAAAUGGAGGUGGGCUCGGGAGCAGUGUGCUCUGUGGUCAGUGAGAGGACCUUUCGGCGACUUCGUCUGUCCAAACACAAACCUCAGCCCUGUGAGCUCCGCCUUCGCACGUAUAGCCAACAGGAGUUGAGGGUAUUUGGUUCCACUACUGUCAAUGUUCGCUACAAGGGUCGUCAAGAGCGACUGCGCUUGGUGGUCGUCAAGGGAGCCGGUGUGAGUCUACUUGGCAGGGAUUGGUUCAAGGCCCUGGGAAUUGAGGUGAAGAUCCAUCAACUGGAUGCCGGUGUCAAGAACCUAGGCUCUUCAACAACGCCGGUGCUGCGUAAAUACGCAAAGGUCUUCCAACCAGGAUUGGGAAAGAGCAAGGGACCGCCAGUGAGGGUGGAAGUGGAACCUACCGCCCAGCCAAAGUUUUACAAGGCAAGACCAGUGCCCUUUGCAUUGUUACCAAAGGUGGAUGAAGCCUUAGACAAACUUGUUGAACAAGGCAUCCUUGAGCCGCUUGAUCUGGGUCAAGCGUACCAGCAGCUGACAGUGGAUAAGGAGACUGCCGAUCUGUUAACCAUUACUACGCAUCGUGAACUGUUCCGUGUCACACGUCUACCCUUCGGAGUGGCAGUAGCUGUUGCUAUAUUCCAGCGUUAUAUGGAGGAACUGUUGCAAGGCCUCGAUGGAGUGCAGGUUUACCUUGACGACAUACUGGUAGGCGGCAAGAAUGAGGGAGAACACAACACCCGGCUUGAAGCUGUACUGCGAAGGAUCCUUCAGGAUGGUGUCCGCUUAAACAAGGACAAGUGCCUGUUUGGUGUAAAGGAAGUCGUUUUUUUUUUGGGACACAAGAUCAGCGCCGGCGGAAUCCAGCCAACUGAUGACAAAGUUAAGGCUAUCCAUGAUGCACCUGCACCAAAAUGCAAGAAGGAACUAUAG